AUGACCUAUAAUGUUUUUACAUUUUCUUUUUCAAAUAACAUCAUGUCUCCAGACGAGAGCCUCGCCUCCAGCGUCACCGACAAAAGGAUGCAGUCGGUAGGUGUGGCACUGGAAGAGCUGCUGGUAACUGCUCAGAAACAAGAAUGCCUGACGAUCGGCAUCUACGAGUCAGCGCAACUUCUCAAUACAGACCCAGACAGCGUGGUCCUGUGCGUGCUGGCCGCCGACGGUGCCGAGGACGAUGUGGCGCUACAGAUCCACUUCACACUGCUUCAGUCGUUUUGUUGCGACAGCGGCAUCACCAUCCUGCGCGUUGCGGGCAUGCCGCGACUCCGGCGGCUGCUGGCCAAUGUGGACGGCGGCUGCAAGGACAUACACUGCAUGUUGGUCACGAACCCCGAAGCCAAUCACUGCCGGCUGCAAGAAGUUGGCGUCUACUGCCAGGAGAGCCUCCGCGUGGACCAGUGGGUCCCCGAGCUCGUCCUGGAGGAACGUUGA